AUGGUGGCUGCCACAACACAGAAAGAACACAUUAAAGAAGAGAGCAAUGAAGAACGCGAGAGAGAAGGGAAAACGAAACAUAAGAGGAGGAAGGAGGGCGAAUUACCGACGGGUGGUGGCGAGGGCUGCAGCAACGGUGGUCCGGCUUGGAUGGCUGGACGGCGGCGUAGGAGAGUCUUGAGAGUUCACGUUGUAUCUGAUUGGUUGGAUGCUAAUGACGAUGACAUUCUAGUACCGUGUGGGGAUGCAAAAUUGGGAAACUAUGAUGAAGUGGGAAACUUAGGAGAUGAAAGUUUAGGUUGUACACCAUCGGGGAAAGUUGUGAAUUGUGAGGGCAAGGGUGUAGUGGAGGAGGAAGUUCUUGCUACCCCUGUAGUUGGUAUGACGUUUUCAUCAUGGGAUAGGGCUGAUGAACAUUUUAGGAAAUACAGAAAGCAAUGUGGUUUUGGGGUUGUUCGUGCUUAUGGUAAUUACAGUCGCAAAGCUGGUGAGAAGAGGACCUUGAGGAGCUACGUUUGGAAGUGUGAAUGUGGAGGCAAACCAGAUUUACGAUUCCGGGAGAAGGGGGUGAAAGCUAAGGGGGUGAUGAUUACCGCCCCUGGUGUCCUUGACCAGAGGACUAGUAAGUCAAAAAAGUGUGAAUGCCCUGUUCAUAUGUAUGCGGUGGCAGACACUUCUGGAACUUGGGAAGUAAGGAAAGCAGUUGUAGAACACUUGAAUCACAAGCCAAUGCCCCUUAAGUCUCGAUAUAUCUCAAUGUAUAGGAGAGAUAGUAUUACUUCUGUUGUGAGGAGGAGGUUAUUCAAUGGUGUUGGUAGUGGUUCCAAGAUCAGUAACAUUCACAGGAGCUUAGCUAAAGAGAGAAAUGGUGUAGAAAAUAUGUCUAUAAGUGUGAAGGACUUGAGGAACAUAGUGGCGAAGGAAAAGAAACUCAAGAUGAGAGGUGGGGAUGUGAAAGCCAUGUUUGAUUAUUUUGAUAAGAUGACUGCCGGAAACCAGAAUUUUUUCCAUCGUUAUAGAUUAAAUUCUACGAAUCGCUUGACUGAUGUUAUGUGGGUUGAUGCAAGUAGUAGAGUAGCCUACCAAGACUUUGGGGAUAUACUAUGCCUAUGCCAACCACAAAGCAUCGAUGGUGCUUGUGGCACAUACUUUGGCAAAAAGUUGGGUAACUAUGCAAAAUAUUCGGAGUUCAAAGGUGUGUUACAUAAUGUGAUUUAUGAUUGUUUAACAGAAGCAGAGUUUGAGGUGAAUUGGACUUCUUCUAUAGAGUUAUAUGGACUUGGUGCAGACGAUUGGUUAAGUGGUACGUCUGUCAUCCUUUUAUCUCAUUUAAAGGUAGAUGGUGUUUACAGUUAUGUAAUCAUAAGCAGUGUUCACUGUGUUGUCAAAAUACUUCCAUCUAUUCUGUUAUUCGUAUACUACAGCUUGUACGACCAGAGACACAUGUGGGUCCCAGCGUACAUGGAACACUUGUUUUGGGCUAGAAUGAAGACCACGCAACGUUCUGAGAGUAUCAACAGCUUUUUUGAUAAGUAUGUGAAAAGGGACACCCGUUUGUAUCAGUUUGCAUAG